GUAUCUGUGGAGGGAGGAGAGAGAAGGCGAGCAGCGAAGGAGAUCAGACUUGUUAUCAUUGAGUGCAAACCACAGCGCUUUGAGCUUGAGCACCUCGAGUGAUGCUAUUUCAGAGCCCUGAACUGAUCAAUACUGUUGAAGAAAAUGUUCGAAAGAUUAGUUUUGUUCUGUUUGUGCUGUUGCCGUCUGAUUGGUGUGUUUGCUGAUUCAGAUGCAGUGAAGUCAGUGUCAGUGAUGGAGGGAGAUUCAGUCACUCUACAGAUUAAUGUUACUGAAAUACAGACAGAUGAUCUGAUCUUGUGGAACUUUAAAACGAAAGGGCCUCUUAUUGCGAAAAUCAACCGCGCGACCAACGACAGCUCAAUUUAUUAUAAAGUUCUUGGUGGGAGAUUCAGAGACAGACUGAAGGUGGAUCAUCAAACAGGAUCUCUGACCAUCACAAACACCAGAAUCACAGACUCUGAAGUCUAUCAAAUAACCAUCAGCCGCAGUAAAGAAAAAACCAUACAUAGAUUCAGUGUCGCUGUCUAUGCUCGUCUGCCCGUUCCAGUCAUUAUCAGUGAAUUCCCAGAAAAUUCAUCAUCAGUGUCCAGAUGUGUGCAGCUGUGUUCAGCUGUGAAUGUGAGUCAUGUGACUCUCUCCUGGUACAAAGGCAACCGUUUAUUCUCCAGCAUCAGUGUGUCUGAUCUCAACAGAAGCCUUUCUUUACACCUGGAGUGUCUGGAUGAUUCGUACAGCUGUGUGCUGAACAACUCCAUCAGCAACCAGACUACAUAUGUUAACAUCACUGAGCUCUGUCAGCCAUGUUCAGAUUGUGCUUUCUGUUGUCAUGCUUCUGAAGUUGUCAUCCGAUUGGUCGCCUCUGUUCUGGUGGGCGUGGCUACUGUUUUUGUUUUAGUUUAUGACAUCAUCACAUCCAGGAAAGGUUCACUGAUGAUUGCAGAGCAAAAGGUACAAACCAAAGCUUAGUUUAGGGUCCAAUUCUCCCCGUCAUUUCACAGUCUAGGUUAACUACAGACUCAAUAUAGUCUGGCUAUGAGUAACCCACAUCUAACCUUGAAUUCGGUUACGUGACAUUUUUGCCAAAAUAACUUGUGAGAUGUAUGAAACGUAAGCGAAGUCGACAGUGAUUAUAAGGUGUUUGGUUUCAUUUCUUUGACAUGUUCUGUGUAGUCUGUGUGUCUAUUCUUGGGCUAUGGUUAGACGUCCAAAUUGGCUUGUUUUAGCCUAGACAUCCUAAUCUAAAGUGUGACUGAAUUUCUUUCUUAGUUCACCACAAGAAAAGACUUAAGUUUUUCUUUUAGUACAUCCAUUAGGAUUUAUUUUAUAUUCAUUUUGUUGGUUAAGAAAUUGAGAAGAAUCAACUUGCUUUAAACUGCUAGCAUUUUUUUUUUUUAUAUUAGUUUGUUUGUUUUUAAUCCAUAUUUAAUUUUCUGAGUUUUUUUGAGUUGACAACUUACAGCCUUGUGUCAACCUAUUUUAGGCUGAAUUAACAAGUGUAUUUGCAAAUUUAAUUGAAAUCUGAAUAUGUAUACUUUUGCAUUUGAUUCUGCAUAAUCACUAAUAUCACAAUGUCUUUAGUUC